AUGUCUUCUGCGGAUUUGGCCAUGUCGACAGCGACUCCGCCACCUGGUGUAAUGGCGAAUUUCGACAAUCCUUCAUUAAAUGCUUACAUCCUCAUAAUUGUUACGACUAUUUUCAUGCUCCAAACUCGGAAGAAGAUAUCGUUGGAUGAUUGGACUCGAUUAAUUGCGACAUUCGGCACGACAAUGUACUAUGUGGCUAGUGUCAUCGCUGUGACCAAUGGCAAAUUUGGAAUCCACAUUUAUGACCUCACAGCAGCCGACGCCAUGCAAACAUCCCUCGUCGUCUCCGGAUUCUUCACAAACUGGCUAACCGCACUUGUAUGGCCAUUCGCCAAGUCAUCAUUCUUCCUCAUCUACCUCGAAAUGUUUCACAAAAUACCCUGGCAGCGAUAUGCCAAUUAUAUUGGGUUAUCUAUUACCUGGGCAUUCUACACAACUGCUUUGGUUGCAACCUUAUACUUCACCAGGCCAGCACCUGGUGAAACAUGGCAGGAGACUAUAACCUCUGCGCGCUACGCUAAGAUGAAACCUUGGAUUAUUCCUAUCGCCGCGACCAACCUUGUUCUUGAUGUGUACAUUCUUGUUCUGCCAAUUAUCCCAAUUCUGGGUCUGAGUUUAACCUCUAAGAUGAAGCUUGGAGUACUUUCGAUAUUUGCGACUGGUUUUUUUGCUUGUGUCGCCUCCUCUCUCAGUAUCUACUUCAAAUUGGUCUUGGAUUGGCAUUAUACAGAUUACAGCUACUAUACGACCCCCGUAUUGAUAAUGUCUCUGGUAGAAAUGUGCGUUGGUGUCACAGCCAGCGCGAUGCCAUCGAUGGCGCUUUUCUUCAGACACACGGGUAGCAAGAUGACGAGGGCUUUUCCACGAUUCACUCGCUUGUCUCAACCUCGGUCAUCUCAAGGUGCAAACGUGACGCGGGUUGAGUCAAAAAUUGAUUCUGUUGACUCUGAUCGUUGGCCUCUGAAAGAUAUCAAUGGAUCCAAGAGCUACGAAGGCACGAACGAUCCUGAAUAUCUGAACUCAGUUCGGACCUUUAUUCAGGCCGCAACUCCAACCAGUCAAGUGAGCCGGGAUGGCGCAAUUUGCUUACAAUAUGCAUUCAAUCAGGGAUAUGAAGAACGAGAGAAACCAGACCCAGCGAAUCAGGUCUAG